GACACAAUGGUGAAGGUCAGAGUAAACAGGUUUGGCUGUAUUGGGCACCUGGUUACCAGGGCUGCUUUUAAUUCUUGCAAAGUGGAUCUUGUUGCCAUCAAUGACCCCUUCAUUGACCUCAACUACAUGGUCUACGUGUUCCAGUAUGAUUCCACUCAUGGCAAGUUCCAUGGCACAGUCAAGGCAGAGAACAGGAAGCUUAUUGUCAAUGGGAAGGCCAUCACCAUCUUCCAGGAGCGAGAUCCCGUGAGCAUCAAAUGGGGUGAUGCUAGUGCUGAAUAUGUUGUGGAGUCCACUGGUAUCUUCACUACCUUGGAGAAGGCUGGGGCACACUUGAAGGGUGAAGCCAAAAGGUUCAUCAUCUCUGCCCCUUCUGCUGACGCCCCCAUGUUCGUGAUGGAUGUGAACCAUGAGACCUACAAAAAUACCCACACAAUUAUCAGCAAUGCCUCCUGCACCACCAACUGCUUAGCCCCCCUGGCCAAGGUUAUCCAUGACAACUUUGGCAUCGUGGAGGGACUCAUGACCACAGUCCACACCAUCACCGCCACCCAGAAGAUGGUGGAUGGCCCCUCUGGGAAACUGUGGUGUGAUGGCCGUGGGGCUCUCCAGAACGUCAUCCCUGCAUCUACUGGUGCUGCCAAGGCUGUGGGCAAGGUCAUGCCUCAGUUGAAUGGGAAGCUCACUGGCAUGGCCUUCCAUGUCCCUACUGCCAACGUGUCAGUCGUGGAUCUGUCCUGCCGUCUGGAGAAAGCUGCCAAAUAUGAAGACAUCAAGAAGGUGAUGGAGAAGGCAUCAGAGGGCCCCCUGAAGGGCAUUCUGCACUACACUGAGGACCAGGUUAUCUCCACUGACUUCAACAGUGAUAUGCACUCUUCCACCUUCAAUACUGGGGCUGGCAUUGCCCUCAGUGACCACUUUGUCAAACUCAUUUCCUGGUAUGACAAUAAAUAUGGCUACAGCAACAGAGUGGUGGACCUUAUGGUCCACAUGGCCUCAAAGGAGUAAGAGCCCCCAGGACCACCA